UUGUAUCAAAUCAUGGAAGAAUUUCAAAUACAUAAAACAAAACAUUCCUGGACAAGGAUGUCAAAUGGAAGACUUUGAGACUCAAUUUAGAGGCUGCACAUGUGAGCAAAUCAUCUGCAAACCAAACAGUUGUUCUUGUAUACAGAUAUCUGGUGGCGCUGCAUACACAGAAGACCAAAGAAUUCAACAGCGAUAUUUUCCUUCCACAGUAGAAUCAUCUGAAUCGGAACUCUCUUCACCAAUUUAUGAAUGUAACCCGGAUUGUUCUUGCAGAGCCAACUGCUCCAAUCGGUUAGUUCAGCAUGGCAUUCGCUUCAAAACGGAAGUAUUUUCUGCCUCACCUGGCAAAGGGUUUGGCUUGCGUACUUUGGAAUUUAUUCCCAGAGGUUCCAUCAUUAGUGAGUAUGCCGGAGAAAUUAUUGGUAACGAAGAAGCAAAACGGCGUUCACGUUUGAUUGAACUGCAAACUGAAAUGAACUACAUUCUUGUCUUGAAAGAGCAUUAUGGAGAUAAACUUGUCCAAGCAUGCGUUGAUCAACAUUUCGGUAACAUCAGCAGAUUUAUGAACCAUUCUUGUGAACCAAACCUAUGGAUGACGGCAGUAAGGGUUUCAAACGCUGUACCAAAGUUAAGCCUCUUUGCACUCCGAGAUGUAAAUGCUGGGGAAGAACUCUCGUUUCAUUACGGCGACGCUGACAACAAAAAUAGCAGUAGUAGUAGUAGUAGUAGUAGUAGUAGUAAAUUGAAACCUUGCAAAUGUGGUGCUGUAACUUGUUGUAGAUAUUUACCAUUUGAUGAAACCCUUUUCCACUGAAGUCAGCCCUUGUUUUUGUUUCUUUUCUGCAAUAUAACCUGUACUUAUUGGAGCAGAUGAUGCUUUCAAUGGAACUUAAUACGCAAGACACAGACAUGGCUGUGUGGUUAAGAAGCUAGCUUCGCAACCAUGUAGUUUCAGUUUCAGUCCCACUUUGUGGCACACCUUAGACAAGUGU